CAAGUAGCCACGCGCCAACAUAGGAUGGUGCGCCGACCCGCCGAUCGAUCGGCGGGAUCAGUGCCAUGGAUAAGCCGCACCAGGCUGCAGAGAAUUUGGUGGAUGGCUUGCUGCAGAGGGUGAGGACUGCAGACGGGGCGGCGGCAGGGGAAGGCAGCUCGACUUGCGCUCCAAAGACUUCCGAUGGUCGGGUCCGAGACUUCGUGUCGGGCGUGCUCGACCGCGUGCGCGGCGUGCGCACCGGGAAGCCGAGCUCGUGGUUUCGCCGGUCUCGGGUGCAGGAUGCGAACGUGGUGCCUGAGCCAGUAACAGGGCCCAGCACACUUCCACCGGAGGUAAGGAUACAACUGGCCUUUGGCGAUUCCUGUGUGUACGCUGGCAGAGCGCAAAGCGUGAUGUCGCCACCACACGGUCAUCUCAGUCCAGCUGCGCAUUGGCAGGAUCCUUCACUCCUAUCUUCGCUGCAGUUCACUGGCGAUUCUGGCAGUCCACCACACGGUCAUUUCAGUCCAGCUGCGCAUUGGCAGGAUCCUUCACUCCUAUCUUCGCUGCAGUUCUCUGGCGAUUCUAGCAGUCCACCACACGGUCAUUUCAGUUCAGCUGCGCAUUGGCAGGAUCCUUCACUCCUAUCUUCGCUGCAGUUCACUGGCGAUUCUGGCAGUGCACAGGGCGUGAGGCCACCACCCCACAGUUAUUCCGGUGCAGCUAGGCCUGAGCAAGAUCCUUCACGUUUAUCUUUGCUGCAGUUGACUAGCGAUUCUGGCAGUGCACAGGGCAUGGUGUCACCACCACACGGUCAUUCCAGUGCAGCUAGGCCUGGGCAGGAUCCUUCACUUAUGUCUUCGCUGCAGUUGACUGGCGAUUCUGGCAGUGCACAAGGCGUGAUGUCACCACCACACGGUCAUUCCAGUGCAGCUAGGCCUGGGCAGGAUCCUUCACUCCUAUCUUCGUUGCAGUUGACUAGCGAUUCUGGCAGUGCACAGGGCGUGAUGUCACCACCACACGGUCAUUCCAGUGCAGCUAGGCCUGGGCAGGAUCCUACACUUUUAUCUUCGCUGCAGUUGGCUGGGGAUUCUAGCAGUGCACAGAGCGUGAUGUCACCACCACAAGGUCAUUCCAAUGCAGCUAAGCAGAAUCCUUCACUUUUGUCAUCGCUGCAGUGGACUGGGGAUUCUGGCAGUGCACAAGGUUUGAUGUCACCACCACAGCCUGGGCAGGAUCCUUCACUCCUAUCUUCGCUGCAGUUGACUGGCGAUUCUGGCAGUGCACAAGGCGUGAUGUCACCACCACACAGUCAUUCCAGUGCACCUAGGCCUGGGCAGGAUCCUUCACUUAUAUCUUCGCUGCAGUUGACUGGCGAUUCCAGCAGUGCACAGGGCGUGAUGCCACCACCACAUGGUCAUUCCAGUGCAGCUAGGCCUGGGCAGGAUCCUUCACCUAUAUCUUCGCUGCAGUUGACUGGCGAUUCUGGCAGUGCACAAGGCGUGAUGUCACCACCACACAGUCAUUCCAGUGCAGCUAGGCCUGUGCAGGAUCCUUCAGGCAGUGCGCAGGGCGUGAUGUCACCACCACACGAUCAUUCCAGUGCAGCUGGUCCUGGGCAGGAUCCUACGCUUUUAUCUUCGCUGCAGUUGACUGGGGAUUCUGGCAGUGCACAAGGUGUGAUGUCACCACCACGCGGUCUUUCCGGUGCAGCUAGGCCUGAGCAGGAUCCUUCAUUUUUAUCUUCGCUGCAGUUGACUGGGGAUUCUGCCAGUGCACAAGGUGUGAUGUCACCACCACACAGUCAUUCCAGUGCAGCUAGGCCUGGGCAGGAUCCUUCGCUUCUUUCGGAGGAAACCACUUUGUCGGCCGCUCAAGAGCAGGGGAUUUUGUCGCCUGUACCCCUCCAGCCAGAUCUUGACAGCACGCAGGAGGUGCUUCGCGAGGUGCUUCUUGCAGCGCCAAACGUGGCGAAGGAGACCUCGGUUCCAGCGGAGGCGUUGCAGGCCAUUCAAGCGCUGCAGCUGCAGCUGCAGCAGCAGCAGCUGGAGAAGCAGCAGCUCUUGGGGGACCUCCAAAAAGCGCAGCAGCUGCUGCGCCAGAAGGAUGCGAGCGUGCAGGCGGAGCCAGGUUUGGGCUCGGCUUCGGCGUGUCCGGGCCGCAACGCUGCUUUGGAGUCCGGUUCUGGUGGGGCAGAGACGUGCCCUUUGGAGAAGGCUGAAGGGAUGGACAAAGGUCGCAAGGGCGAGGAGACGGCUGAGACCUUGGAGUCGGGCGCUUCGGAAGGGAUGCCAGAGGUGCUUUGCAAGCCGAAGGAUCACGAAAGCAGACAUCCUGCCGGUCUCAUGACUCAGAACCAUCAGCACUGCCUGGUUCAGCCAGUUACGGUGCCAGAGGCUGAGAAGCCUGAAGGCAUUGCUUCCAGCCCUGCUGCGCUGAGAGAAGUGGAGCGGCGUGCAGCGGAGACUCAGCGCCAGCUGGAGGUGUGCCUCCAGACUGCCGGAGGAGUUGGACUGGAGCGUAAGGUCAGACUGCAAAGCCCUCGCCCGGAGGUUUUCGUUGGCGAGGAGAAGUUGGCGGCCUGCCGGUUGUUGCGGUCCUGCCUCACGAAUCUGCUGGACCCCCCAGAGGUGCUGCUCAAAGCUUCAGCCAUGGUGCGGCUGAAGGCGGCGGUGGGGGAGAUCUAUGCGGUGCUGUGCCUUCAGACCAAGGCUAAGUCCUUUCUGGCUCAGCGCGCCCUGCACCAGCUCCAAAGACGGCGACAGCUCGAGCCCAAAAAGCGUCCUGUGACCGCGGGAAGCGUGCACCGGAGGCAUUCGCUGCCUGGGUCGCUGCACGAUGAUUUGACCGCCAGACGGCGAUGGAGCGACCGGUCGGCGGAGUCGCCGGCCUUGCGCGGUCCGGCGCGUCCGGUGCCAGCGCCGGUGCCCACGGCGCCGGUGCCGCCCUUGGCACUGGACCUGGUGCAAUUUGGGGAGCCACUGCCGGCUGAGCCGGCUGAGCCGGCCGUGCGAGAGGAGGGGGGCAAGGAGCAGCUGCCAGAGGUGCCUCGUGGCAGUGCCAUUUCUGCGGUGCGCUCCGCCACAGCCAAGCGGCGGCGGCCGAUGAGCAGCCCAGCAGUCAGGGGGACGUCCGCCAAAGAGAUGAAAGGGAGCUGCAGGAAGGCGUCCAGACCAGACAGCACUCGAUGCGAGUACCUGCCACAAGCGGAAUUGUUGCUGAUCAAGCAGCGCGCGGUGGCCUCGAUGCUGUGGCCCCCCAUGUCGGAUGCGGCCAGAGGCCGGCGCCCGAAGACCGCCUGCGCGCGGAUCAGCAAGUCACACGGCACGGAGCCCUGCAAGGUCGACCCCCAGCUUGUGGCGGCCAUGGUCGCAAAGGAGAGGGCCUUGCAGCAACAGAUGCAGGCGGUGGAAGACGCCCUUGAGCUGCCCGAUUGAGCCAUGCGAGCGAUCUGAAAAUUAGCAGAACCUGGUCCCUCAAGGAACACGUAAGUUUAUGGGGUCGUUUCCAAGAGGGCGUGUAAUUUGUUAGGAUAGGUCCAUUUGCAUUGUCCUUGCGCGAUCCGCAGUCGCCCGCCUGGCCACUGGCGCGGUGAUUUGCAGAGUGGUCCGGAAUUCGCCGUGAGUGGCUGGGUAGAUUCAGACUGCUUGGCAGGCCUCAGGCCUGGCCGGCAAGUUGUGGCCAGUUUUAGGCCCUCUUUUUGUUUGCCCGGGGCCCGGUCGUGGGCGAACCGUCGUUUUUUUCCAGACCCCUGAUUCGGCUCGAGUUGGAAUUCGGCGUGCAUGGCUAUGCUGAAUAGCAGCAGGGCAGGAUUCACCGCGCAAAGGACAAAGGA